ACGUUCUAUAUUCGUGUUGGCCCUUGUGUGAAAGGACCUUAAACAUUACAGCUUCAGUAGUAUCAGUAUACUUUAUUAAACCAUAUGAAGUCUAAUUUUAAAUUAGCAAUAAACUUGGGUCCAUUCAGUACUUUCAGGGAGGGUAUUAUGGUCCGUGGUGGUCGUCCCCUCCUCCCUUUGUUUUGGUUUCGAUGGACGCUCGCGCCGGCCGGCGGUUGAGGGCAGUCUCGUGCACUCCGGGAGAAUCGGGGCGGUCUCGUGCACACUCACAGGAGACAUCAGUGGAGAGGGGAAUGGCGCCUAGCUCGAAAUCCGAAAAGGACGACAGCAAACCUAAAGCUCAAAGAAAACACAAAGACAAUGUCGUAAAGCUUCUCAUGCGCGGGAGGGUAGGCAUUAAUUCAGAUAAUAUUCGACAUUACCCUAACACUAAAAGAUAAGCUGUAGAUUACACAAACACCGCUUCAUUGAAAGCCUCCUAGUUUUCAGUUGCUUCUGCGGCUAGUUGCUAACUAGCUCGACGUCAACCAACAGUGGCAGUCAGAUCGAUUUAUUGGCCGUUGCAAGACAUAAAACACUGAGUGCUUUCUGCUUACACACUUAUUGAUAUCUUUCUUUUUCAUUUUCUGACAGGCUUGCAGAGCCCUGUUGCUGUCACUGUUUACAAACUAUCUUGCGGUAGUAGCAUGCUAGCUAUGAGAGCAGACGGCAGCUACAGUAAUACACUAUCGUUACAGUCAGCCGGCGUCGGUCAGCUCGACCUUAGCAACAAGUAUCAGUAUUAUACACCUUAUUAGUGCGACCAAAGACCUCAGAUAUGAUGAUAGUAACAUUGUUGUUUGAUAGACAACGCGUUUGGUGUGUAUGCGCUCAAAGGCCUUCAAAUAUCAUGAUACAUUAUCCUGACGAGCAGAGGGUGAAAAACAAUGUCUUGUGUGGUUUGCUAUUUGGUCCGGUAAUUCGGUUUUGUUGGAAGAAAAUACAUUUAAAGUUGCAAAUGAUAAAAAUGAGGGGUUUGUGAUACUUCAUCAUGUAUAUAAUUAAAAACAAACCACAUUUAUAUGGUUUAAUUUCCUGUACCUUUUCAUAUUGCUUAAAGUAAAAUGAAUCAUAAUGUCUGCAUUUCCAGUAAAACACCAUGAAUUUGAGUUGUAAUGAGUUGUUCUGCGAUCUGUGUCUGUCCUGCAGCUGUCAGGACAGUUUUCUCAGCGCUUGUUCAGGAAGCUGCCCCCUCGAGUGUGUGUCCCAUUGAAGAACAUCGUAAGCGAGGAUUUCCUGAGAGCAGGGUCAGUGUCUUUGUUUUUAUUUGUGGGGUUUCUCGUCAUUUUGUUGAUUGUACACCUUGCUGAACUCUGGGAGCAUAUUACAGCGACAGCAACAUCCAGACUUUUCAUUGAGAUAAUUGUGGUAUUCGGAUUGUGUCUCAGAAUACAUGAACAUUUGUGAAAUAGAGUAUGCAUAUUAAGGAGUAGCUAUGGCUAAUACACUGUAGGAGAUUGCUCUUCCAAUAUAUUUGCCUUAAAGCUCCAGAGAAGAUCUGCAGCUGUCCGUUAUAGUAUGAUUGUAAUUGAUCAUUGGAUCUCAUUCCACACUGACAUUGGACAAGUUAGGUUAUUUACAAUGGAUUGGUUAUAGCUUCGACCCAAAAGUGUAAGAAAGUUAUCCUGAGCUAAGAUACACCAGAUGUAAUAUAGUUCAAAUAAAAGCAUACAUGUCAUUUCUGCAUCACUUUUUUUUCCAGACAUAUCUUUCUUGGCUUCACUAAAUGCGGCCGCUACGUGUUGUCCUACACCAGCGACUAUGGAGAGGAUGAUGAUUUCUCUUUCUAUACGUACCAUCUCUACUGGUGGGAGUUUAACCUGCACAGUCGACUCAAACAGGUGAACCAAAACAAAUUUGGUAGAGAGGAUUAACAAGUGAUAGCAGAACUAUUUACUUUUUCCUAGAUAUGGACAAAAGAUAAAUCAGAAGAUACUCUGUGUUGAUCUCAUGUCUGUAUUUUUCUCUUAGGUUCAUCAUGUUCGCCUGUUUGCUGGAGAGGAAAUCUACGGUGACCUGUACCUGACAGUGUGUGAAUGGCCAAAUGACCACUCCAAAAUUGUCAUCUUUGGCUUUAAGUAAGGCAGAGAAACAAAACAGAGAGAAAAAACAUACAGAACUGAUAUAUUUUAAGCUCUAAAUUAUGUUGAAAUGUAAAUAAUCACGAGUGCUUAUACUGACUGCAUUUGUGGUUCUUCCUUCUAGCACACGCAGUUCAAGCUCUGCUCUGAUGAACUCAACGAGUGAUGAAAACAAUGGAGACAUCUACAUAACCAUCGCCUCCAUGCCUCCACCUAGACCAUGUUCUCACUGCCGUCCUGUCCCUUCCGCCACCACCAUACGAACAGGUAACUUACAAACACACACAAACAAACUAAAGUGUAGUCCUUUGUUGUUCUUAUUGUCUAAGUCUUUCUCUUUUUUGCCUGCAUUAUCUUUUUCCCUCUUAAGGAAGUGGUGAAUGUCUGGAGCAUGGCUAUGUGCUCAACAGCAGGUACCAGGUGGUUUAUCCAUUCCCAACUUUCCAGCCAGCUUUCCAGCUAAAGAAGGACCAGGUCAUACUUUUAAACACAAGCUACUCUUUGGUAGCCUGCGGGAUCUCCUUUUGCAAAGGUAACACAUGCACCAAUGUUUUAAAGUAGAUCUGUUUCUCAUUCUUUUCUCUCCCCACAUUCACGAGUUGGUCUCCAAGUAUUAUUCACUGCACACCUGCCUUUAGGUCACGGCUUGACAGUGCAACCGUUUCAUGCACAUUUGCGACUAAAAAUAGAUGUGUACAAAUUGUCAAAUGUAUUUGGAUAUGGAUAUUCAGCAGAUAUUCACUGUGGAUCUUCAGGUGUCUUCUUUCUCUCUGUAACCUGGAAUGGCAACAGCAGCGCGGUUAAAUCUACUCGGCACCCUCGCUGUCAACGUGUUGAAUAAGGGACCAUCAAUAAAUUACCAGUUGAUGUUCUUAAAAAAGGCUUUUUUCCUUUAAUAGCUUCCAUGUCAUGUGACCAAUUGACCUAAAUUUGAUUUCAAAUAAUAGAACGAAGGUCGAACAAUAAGACACACCUCUCUAUUUCCCUUAUUUGUCGUCUAAAAAAAUUUUGUGUUAAACUUAAAGGCACAUUUUGAAUAUUUUCUUCAAUAGCUUCCAUGUCAUGUGACAAGAAGAUCUAAAAUUGAUUUCAAAUAAUAGUACUAAUGCCAACCAAUAAGACACACGUUAUUUGAUCCUAACUUUUUCAACUUGGGAGCACAUGCGUCCUUGUGAAAAAAGUUAGUGUCAAGCCCUGCUUUAGGUUCAUGAGAAAAGGGUCGGAUUGGGUCCGUUUUUACAGGAACUAAAUCUCUUAAAAGAAAAAAAGUCACAUUGAGCCCUAUAAAGGAUGCCACAAGAUCAUCAUGUUAAUUCUCAUUAAUCCACUGUUAAGUUUGUUAUCAUUAGGGUGAUGUUUAACAGGAUUUUAGCAACACUUUUUAAUGAUUCUUCAUAUGUCACCUGCAGGUAAACAGGGACAGUCUUCACAUAUCCUUUACACAAAGAAAGCAGCGCAAUCAAAUCAAGCCUCCACGUCUUUUUCCUCCUCCUCGUUUACCCCGUCGUCUUCACUACCUAAAGGAUCUCCCGAAAGCCGAGUGACACCUAACAGACUGGCUCCAAUCCCCUCAUCCCCCAGCCAGUCGCAGGCAGCUGUGCGAGCCCGGGAGUUUGCCGCUGACCUCUUUAGGCGAGCCCAGGGUGGAGGAGGGAAAGAAACUGAUGGUCAGACAGAAAAGAAAACAUCUGAUGGUUGUGAAAAAGAUGCAGUGCAGAUUGCAGCGGAAGAUCAGAGGAUAAAUGUCAAUGAGAGAAGGAGAGGGGGGGAGGACUGUAAAGAGAGGAAGGGGACGGAGAGAGGGACUACUUUACCAGAAGCAUCGACUUCUGGUGGGAGCCGUAGCAUUCCAACUGAACAAGUGAUGUCUCCUGCCUCCUCGUCUUCUUCACCUUCAUCCCCUCCUGCCCCAUCCUUGUCUCAAGAGGCUGGCCCAAGUGAGCCAGGUUAUGUAAACUAUUCACGGCUGCACUACCGCCUCCAACAGCCAGGAGCACCUGAGCAGAGUACAGGAGGUGAGUGGGUGACAGUGAAGAAUAAUUAAUAAGAAUACACCAAUCUGAAGCAACUAAGCAUUUUCUUUUUUAUCCUGUCUGUCUCUCCAGGUUAUGAGGAUGAUAAGGUUCAGCUACCUUUUACAGUUACUGACCUUAAAGGACGAAACCUUCAGCUGGUGACUGGGUCUCACAAUGGACCGGUGUGUGAUUGAGAGUCUCUAUAUCUGAAGCUAUAAAUAUAUAUAAAAUUACUGCAUUUAUACACAGUUUACCAGAGGAAAAAUAUAACCUAUAUAUGGAGAUAGUGAGGGUUUCAUGUUUACCUUUGGUUCUUUUAAAAUGUUGUGUUUUUAAAACCAGUGUAUCCUCCUUUGCAGAGUGUGUGUGUGGAGCAGUUGACCCUAGACUUUGAGUAUCUUAUCAACGAGGUGAUCAGGAGCGAUGCUGCCUGGGCGCCUCAGUUCUGCUCUGUCAGUGACUACGAUGUUUUGAUUUUAGAGGUCAGUGAAUACAUGCUCUCUUACACUCAAUACUUUAUUCUCUUUUCAGUCUCUUAAAAGUCAGAACUCUCAAUAAGACCUUGAGCAGUUGAGGCUCAGCGGAAGUGUCAGUUGCUUUUCAUUCAGGGGGUUGGUGGUGCGAACCCCAGUUUCUGUUGUGUGAAUGUCCAACUGCCUUGCCCUUGCCCUGGUAAGACACUGAACUCCUGAUAUGUAUUGUUUAUGGUGAAUGAUAAUGAUAAUUUGGAUAGGUUAAUACAGAUGGGCACUUUACAAAGCAUCCUCUGUGUCAGCUGAUUGGUACUACGGCCAACUUUAGCCCGUUUGAGACUAAUUGGUGACCGGCCAAAACUUGCCGAUUGUCGCCGAUAUUGUGAGAAUUGAAAAUCGUGAGAAAUCGCAGGGCAACAGCAACUGAUCCCCCAGACACAAAUCCUGAAUCUGGCUCACCAAUUAUGUUGCGUAAAAUGUGUGUAGUAUGCAGUCAUUGUAAGUAAAUGCACAGGAGACGGGAUGAGAUCUGAAGAGCAGUCUGGGCGUCCUUAUUGUACAGAUACAGAUAUUAGUACAGUUGACGCAGAGUCUGGAUUAAAGUCAUCAGAAGAAGCCCCGAGCUCUCCUCUCACUCACUUUUAUGCUGCUGAGUGUGAGUGUGAACAUAAUAGGUGUGUGUUUCAGUGUGUGUUACACUGUGUGUUACAUGUACUCAUCCCUCAGCUGUGUGUGAUACAAGCCUGAAUCCCUUUAGAUGUGUAUUUCUAGUGCGAGUGUUUCUGGCCUGGUAACCAGAGCCCUGGGAGGUUAGCCAAGGACAUGUCACACAGUUCCACACAUUCACUCAUUGAUGGCAGAAGCUGUCAUGUAAAGCACCUGGAAGUAUAAACUAAUCCCAUUCACCCACUGGUGGCACAGCAGAGGCUGUUUGGGGUUAAGUGCCUUGCUCAAGGACACUGUAUUUAAUCAGAUUUAAUCUCCAAUCCUCUCUUCUUAUUGCGAGAUAACCAACCCUAUCAGUUGACCUCAGCCAACAUGUGGUGCAAAAUCAGCUUUAGUGGACAGAACAGAAGACUAGAAAGACUGAUGCAAAAUUCACCAGUGGUUCUUGAAUUUACUCUAUUUUCUUCUUUAACUUGUUUUCCAAACAGUUUUUGUCACAGCAAGACAAUUUUUAGCUUUCCUGUUUCUCAGCUGAGGUCAAAACCAGUAAGGUGGGACAUCUAGCUCUGGAGUUACUGAUACUGUGCUCAAUUUGCUUUAGGUGUGUCCUGAGACCAACACUGUGAUGAUCAACAUCGGCCUGCUGUUACUGGCCUUCUCCAGCUCUGAUGAGGAGCACUGCAGGUGUUUGUAUUAACAUAUAACUCAAAACAACCUUAUCCCCUCAACCUGUAAUUUCUCUGUUUGCCCAUACUCAGCCCGCUCUUUGUUGUUGAUUUUUGUUUCAGACCAAACACAUACCAUUCCAACCUGCAAGUCAGCUGGGACCUGAACACGGGAGUGUGUCGCACUGUGGGUGUUGGCGACCUAACAGAGGUCAAAGGUCAGACAAGGUGAGGAAAUACCACUUCGUCAUAAAAGCGCAGAAACUUUCCUGUCAUGUCACAUCUCUUGCGAAUGCGUAAAACAUUUUAAAUCUGUGUUCCUCCUCUUAGUGGAAGCAUUUGGAGCUCUUACAGGAAGUCCUGUGUGAACACUGUGAUGAAGUGGUUGGUUCCUGAGUGCAGCUCCCGCUACAUCAAUCGCAUGACCAACGAAGCUCUAUACAAAGGUAGCUUAGUUUUAUUUUCACUGUCUCAACCAGUGGUUCUCAAGUCCAGUCCUCGAGGUACACUGUCCUGCAUGUUUUGGGUGUUUCCCUGCUCCAACACACCUGAUUCAAAUGAUUAGCUCGUUAGUGAGCCAUUACAGAGCUUGAUAACGAGCUGAUCAUUUGAAUCAGGUGUGUUGGAGCAGGGAAACAUCCGAAACAUGCAGGACAGUGGGCCUCGAGGACUGGACUUGAGAACCACUGGUCUGAAUAUUUUACAAAAACUCUUGAAAAAGACUGGAUACUGAACGGGUACUUUGUGGGAAUCUAUUUGUACGUCAUUUUUGUUUGUCUGCGGCAAACAUUAGGUCAAUACUUUGAAUCCUGGUUAAAAAAAACACUGACAGGCUCCAUCAAUCAAAAUAUUUAGACUUCUCUACCAGGAAAAUAAACUGCUGUUGUUGUAAUGACUGUAAAGUUUGUUGUCUAGUCACACAGAAUUCCUUUACAGAAUGUAAUUUGGUUGUAAAAGUAGAAUCAGCGCAGAUUUGUCAGUAACAAUAGCUCUUUUAUGAUACAGUGAGCUGUGACAGAAAACUGUUUUAGAGUUUGAAAGGAAGAGAAGAAGUGGUAACAAAACAGUGGGGAUGACUAGAUGUCAUUUCAGUACUGUCAUAUUGUCUUAUUUUAUUACCACUAAGUUAUCCUGUGAUAGUAACCACCUGUGUUUCCUACUUAAGGAAAGAGCUCUGAAUUAAUACAAUACUGUCUAAUCAGUCAAGUUUUCAGUGAAAACAUGAUGAUAAUCCAAUGUGAAUUUUGUUAUGAUCAGGCUCCAUCUUCUCUGUUUUCAUGGCAGACACUCUGUUGGUAGCUUGUUCUUUGAUUUGUGCAUUUAUUCAGAGAAGCAUGACUCACUCAUCACUCAUCCUCUCACCUGCAGGCUCGUCUCUUCAAGUUUUGGCCGACUGUGACCGCUGCACCUGGAUUGUGUUGUGAAGAAAGAAGCGCACCUAAAGAAAAAACACCGGCAGGUGCAUGCCCACAUGAAUUUCUCACCAGUAUGAUGCUCAACGUUCAACUGUGCAUUAGUUCAAACGUUAGGCUAAUCUAAAAUGUAGUUAAAACAUGUUGUGAGUUAAAACUGAAAUAGGAACCUUCUAAAAGAAAUACUGUAAAGAAAUUUGUAGAUUGUCUGUGUUUAAUUUUAUAAGAUUCAUAUGAUUUUGUUAUUACAACCACCAAAACAAAGAGCUGGACUGAACGUAAGCUUUAGUUUGGACCUUUUUUGUUGUUGUUUUUUAUACAUAACAAUAAACUUAUUGUAGUGUGAAUGAUUCUUGUGCUUGUGUCCAUAAAUGGACAUAUGCAAUAUCUCAUUGAGAGAAUAAGUGUGUGUAUGCGUGUGUGUGUGUGAGUGAGUGCAUGUUUAAUGAGAAUUGAUGGAUUCUGCUGCUUUUGAACAGGUUUUUUUUUUCCCUCUGAACCAGUUUUGUCUCGCUGUGUACAUUGAGAAGGCUUCAGUAUUUAAAGUGAUCAUUUUGAUAUGUUUUUGUUUUUUUUAAAACCUCUGUUAGUGAAGUAGAAAGUUGGUUUGGGGCACUUGAUCAGCUGGUUGGUAUCUCACUGUAUGUGGAUUAACAUUUAAGCAAGACUUUGUUCCUUGGAAAUAUUUUGUUAAAAUAAAAUGUUCACAUUUUUUUGUCUGUUGUAUCAAGAACUAGACACUGCUGGCUUCUUCACAAAGUUACUCACAUACUUUGCUUGCCUUAAGUAUCAACUUUAAGAACAAUAUGUUUACUUGCCAACUCAAAUAUAUCCCAUCUCCGGACAGGUGAAGUGACCAUUUCAAUAGAGACAUUCACUGCACUUGUCUCUGAUCACAAAGUCAUGGAUUUUUAUGAUUUCCAUCAGAAUGCAAUGAUAGUGUCAUAAUUUACCUUUGCAUGCUAAAGCCCAGCAGCUAUUUUAUGUCUUCGUGAACUUCUGCUUUGAGGCACGUUAUGCAACUUUUGUUUUAGUGAAAUUCUCGUGAAUUCUGAAAUAGUAACUCCUCAAGGCAUACAAGCUUUUUAGUGCUAAUGGAAAUACAUCCUUGUUUGGAUGGUCUUGAUGUAAUCAAUGUCAAAGGAAACAAGAUGCUGUUGACCAUAUUUAAAGGGGUACUUUUCCUUACAUGUGUUGAAAUUGUAUGGGAUGCCAGUCAAGCUCCUCACUGAGCAUUUUUUGGUCUAAGAGAGUUCUAAUAGAUGUCUAACUCAAAGUUGCUUUUUGAAAUAAAUAGUUAUCGAAUAA